AUGGAAACAGAAAAGACAAAACUAUACAAUUUGACGCCGUCAACACUUAUAUUUCUCAAAACGUCUAACCUUAGUCGUCUAUCAAUAGAAUAUUACUUUACAAUUUUAAAAAUUAUUUCUGUAUACAAAUUUCAAAAAAUUUUCGAUUAUGUAUUUGAAAAUUUUUGGCAAUUAAAAUAUUAUUCUACUAAACAAUUUGGAUCAUAUCUUAUAUUAUCUAUCAGAAAAACUCUAAUAUUAAACAGGAUAUGUAAAUGUAUUAAACAUUUAAUUGAUACAAAUGUCAAUGAUGACGACGGUAAUGGUGAUGAUGAUGACGAUGAUGACUAUGUUGAAAGGGAACAAUUGAUUAAGUCAUCAAUACUUCAAUCAAAUCAAAGUAAACCAGUGAAAUUUUUAUCAUUACCAUAUUGCACUACAAAUGUAUUAUCUAAGAAGAAUUCAAAGAAGGUUAGAACUCUGUCAAGAGUAAACUUCUUUACAUGCCUAAUAUGGAUUAUUAUAAUUGUUUUUUCAUGUACUAUUAAAACUAUUGAAGCAAUUGAACAACUACAUCAUUCAACUCAAUUAUCAAAUGAAUAUCAUUUAAUUAAUCUAUUACAAUCAUUAUCUAUUAUUGGUAAACAAAUGAAUUCAAAUAUUUUAACAAAAUCAGAACAAAAAACAUGGAAUUAUUUAUUAGAAAAAAUAAUUAAAUCACAAAUAAAUAUGGUAAAAAAUAAUUUAGAUGUCAGUUCAAAUACUACUACUACUAUAAGUAGUAUUAAUAGUAGUAGUUCAAGUAGUAUUGAUAAAAAAGGUUUCAAAAAUAAUGAUAAUAAUAUACAAAAACCAUCUAAAGAAGAAUUAAUAGCUAAAACACCUAAUUAUAUGUUUAAAUUACAUGAACGUCAUAUGAAUGAUUGGUAUAGUUUUGGACGUUAUGAAACUAAUCAUUUAUUACAUCCUGAUUAUGUGAAAUAUUUAAAUGAUAAUCCAAUGACAACAGAUAAUAAUGAAUUAUAUAAAGAAAAAAAAUUAAAAACUCAACAUAAUCGUCAUUAUCUUGGUAUGAUUACAGCAAUAAGGCAUCAUAAACAUAUAGAAACUCAAGAAGAUGAAAAUAAUGAAUUAGAUUUUCAUUCACUUUCUCGUAGCAAACAUCACAUGCAGUUACCAUACUUGAAUUACUUUUCAGCAGAUCAUACAGUGAAACAACACAAAUUAGUAUUUCAGUUAGCUGAUAUACCUUCAAAUGAAAAAUUAGUUGCAGCAAGUAUACGUAUAAGAUAUGAAGCGAAGAUGUAUUCAACAAAUUAUACAAUUCCAACAGAACUUACUCCAUUUUGUAUAAAUAAUACUAUUAAUAAUGAAAUAAAUAGUACAUCAUUCUACUGGCCAUUAUCAUUAUGGUUACAUUCAGAUCAAAAUAAUAUCAGUAAUGUAGAUAUACAAACUGCAGCCAUUUUUGAACCAGAUAAUAUUCAUUGUAUAUUACAAAAAUCAGGAAAAAAUUCAUCUAUAAUGAAUUUACCUAAUGGAUGGUUUCAUAUACCAUUGAGUCAACCAGUUUUGCAUUUAAUAGAACAAAUCAAUAAACAAACUGAUACUAAUAAACAAAUUGUUAUACAAAUUCGUUCAGUAGUUCGAAAAAAUUUGUCAUUAACUCAUGAUUUUGAUGCUACUAAUAAUAAUCAUAACGAACUGGAACAGUCUAAUUUCUUGAAAAUAAGUAAUCUAAAUGAAAAAGAUGAAAAGUCAUUGGACUCCUCGUAUUGGUUACAUAAUGCGCCACAUUUGUUUACAUAUCAUCGUGAUCCUAAUUUAGCAAAAUAUUUAAAACGCAAACCAAGAUCAAUUAAUUAUCCUAACAGUCAACAUACACGUCAAAAUGAACAAAAUCAUGAUAUGAAUUUAAAGCCUUUGAAUAAUAAUAAUGUAAGCAAUAAAAAAAUUGCUAAACGUUAUAAACGUUUACAGAGAUUGCUCAAUGCACAGUUAAAGCAACAACAACAACAAAAGAAAAGUGAAACUAAUCAACAAAGUGUUCGACGUAACAAACAAAAUUACAUUAAACAAAGAUCACGUCGUUUAGCUCAAUAUCAACGUCGUCAUAAUCGUGCAAGUCAAGAUCGUUAUUAUUAUGGUGAUUUAGAUUCAACAAAUGAAAUAGUUGAAGAUCAUGAUAUAAAUGAAGAUAUUUCAUCAAAUCAGAAAAUAACACAUAAUUCAUAUGAUAAUAACAGAGAAAAUCAUCAUUCACAACAUCAACACCAACAAUAUCGAUAUGAUAUAACAAAAUCUUAUCAUUCAAAUGUAUUACAAACAAGUAAUCAUCAUUAUUUAGAUACAACAUGUCAAAGACGUGAAUUAAUAAUUAAUUUUGAUGCUGUUGGUUGGGCUGGUUGGGUUAUUGCACCACAAGCAUAUAAUGCACGUUAUUGUUUAGGUCAAUGUCCAUUUCCAUUAUCAACUCAUUAUAAUACAACUAAUCAUGCUGUACUUCUUCAAUUAGUACAUUUAUUAGAUGUAGCUAGAAUUUCUGGUCCUUGUUGUGUACCACAUCAAUUAUCAUCACAAUCAUUAUUAUAUCAUAGUCAAAAUGGAGAUGUUGUAUUAAGAGUUUAUGAAGAUAUGGUUGUAGAAAGUUGUGCUUGUCGUUAAUAUAAAAAAAGAAUACUACAUUACUAUUACCAUACCAAACGUCACUAUAUACAUAUAUAUUUUACAAAAUGAUUCAUAAAAUUCAUUAUUCAUUGUAAUGCAUUCAAACAAUAAUAAUAAUAAACAUUGUUCAAUGACAAAUAUGAAU